CGCAUGCGCUAAUACUAGGAAGAAAACAAACAACAACAUUUCACGGAAAAUGUGUGGACCACUAGAAAACUAAUUAAAUAGUGAGCUAUUACGCGAUGUCAACAUGUGGAUGUACUGUUUAAUUGCGUUUUUCGGAUUUCUGAAUCUGACCAGGUCUCAGAGCUCAUUAGACUGUUCUCCAAAUGAUCAAGUGCCAUGCAAGAAGUAUAGUUACAGAGGAAUAAAUUGCAGCGAACAGUUUCUAAGAGACACGUUUGCUUCCAUGCCCUACGUUACAAGCACCCUAGACCAUCCAGGCAAGCCGGAGAACCUCAAUGUGUCAGCCAGAUACAAGAAAUACACAAAUGGACAAUAUUAUGUGGAAGUUAACCUUACCUGGACUCCUCCUGCUAAUGGUGGUGUACAGUUUCUUAGGGGCUUUGAGGUCACGCGAUACGCCCCUUAUGCUUCUCCUGCUGCCGCUACGUCAUGCUACAUUCUUGAUUUGUCAAAUGUUAGCUGGAACAUGAACAUUAUACAGACAGUAUUUGAGCUGAAUUUGUACCCUCUUCCUACAUCAUAUAUGUACUUCGAGGUGUACUCACUACCAAAGUACGAACAUCGUGGAGGAGCGCUAGAUCAGUUUUUGAAGGUUACAGUGGACAUGCCAGCUCAUACUUAUCCAACAAAUGCACUGGAUUGGAGGGCAGAAAUAUAUUUUGAUACCAGUCAGAAAGAUGGUGUGAUUGAAGUUCGUAUUAAUAAACCACCAGCAGAAUUCAAGUUCGAAUCAUUUGAGUAUAGUCUUUGGUAUUCAGAUGGCAGACUUGUGGAACGCAAGGAGGCUGUUAAACAGUACAAUUGCACUUUCACGAAUGUAACAACGGGAGAAUACGAAAUUGCUGUGAAGCCCCACGAUCCAUAUUUCACAACCCAGAAUACUACGCUGUGUCUAUGCUCCAGGACAGAAUCAGUGGCCGAAUGCGUACCUUGCACAACAACGAAAACAAAGUCCUUCAACUUUACUUACACUGGUUCGCCUUGCUCAAAUGAUCUCGUCUUGCAUCCCUCGUAUUGCUACCCUACCACUUUGCGACCAUCCCUCCCCACCACUUCACAGACAAGCACUGCAUUAACCUCGCUUCAUGUCCAGACCACCUUAGACUUGAUUACAUCAACCUCAUUAGUGUCUGAUGAUAAACUAAAAAUCGGCAUGUCAAUAUUUGGCGGACUGCUUGGCCUAGGUAUUGCCGCAGCUUUGGUGUUCGUUAUGCUGAGGCGGUGCAAGAAAAAGGAGGAAGAAAAGGCUGAGAAAGAGAAAACAGAGCUCAACGGAGUGCAUACCCCACCCACUGCCAAGGCCAAUGGUGGGUUUGAUGAUGUCGUAGUAGAUGAUGGAGUGUCUGUUCUGACUUUUUCAAACCUGAACAACAACAACAAAGUUGGACUGCUCCAGUUUAAAAAGAAGCCAAAGUUGUUCCUGCUGUACGAAGACGAGAAUGAGCACCAUCGUCGUGUGGUGACCACUUUCGGUACAUACCUGGUGACGUACUGCCAGUGCGAUGUUAUGAUGGCAGAGUUCACGCUUGAUGCCCCGUGGGUACACCAGGAUCUGGAGCGGGCUGACUACACUAUUGUCGUCAACUCGGAGGGUGCCUUUAGGGCCAACAUGUCGCCUAGUUCCAAACGUAUGUCGAGUAUCAAUAGCUUGAGAAAUAAAUUCAAGCAUGAGGAAAGGUAUGAUAAAAUUGUCAUGGUAUAUUUUGAGUACACUGAUGAGCAAUUCAUCAUACCAGACAUCUGUCCUGGCUUCAAGUACAAGCUCAUGAAGCAUUUCUCUGACUUCCUACUCCAUGUUCACAAGAUUCAUCGUGCUGACAAAGAUCUUGUCCAGUAUGACUUGCCCUUGGAUGGCAACCUUCAGCAUCGUCCCAUUGGUCAUCAACUGGCUGAAGCUAUAGCCCAAGCGAUACAGUAUGAGCAAAACAAAUCAAAGAGGGCCAAGCUUACUGGAUUGGAUCUGUUGUCCUGGGACAGACAGAAUAGCAACGACAGCAGGUUCGAUUCUGGGCUUCAGUCUGAUAUUGGUUCCGCUGAGGCCUUGUCUAUCAAUGGAAAUGAGUUAUGGCCCUUUAGACCAAGCUUGCUGGCAAUGAUUCAAGGCCAGUCUGACACAAUCACCAUCACUCCCUCUGAUGUUGGUAUACUUUAUGACAACAACUGUAGUCUAGGAAAGCCCUCAGUUGCCAAAAAUCGUCCUCACCUGAAUAUGCCAAUGAAUCCUGACCAAAGCCCACCACCUAUGUACGACAGGCUAGAGUCACACGACUCAGGGCAGGCUGGGUACGAAUUCAUAGCUCCAGAUGAUUUUGACGAAUCAGAUGUACUUAGCAAAACACUAUCCAAUCAAAUGCUACACUUUGUUGAUCGUUACGAGCAGACCAGCAUGCAUGGCUCGGUUCCCUCUGGACGUAAGGUGUAUUCUUCAGGUCAGCAGAAUGAUCUGUCGAAAUCCACUCAUCCUGGCUAUGACAGAUCAGCUGAUUUGCAGAUUUUACAGACACAGUUUGAGAAUGAUGAUGUCAUAAGUCUUGGGGGUGUCAGCAUCUGAAAAAUGGUGUCAUUGCAUUGGGAUAGACAUAUACAGUUUUUGUUAAUACAAACAGCGGCUUUUUUCUGGACCAGGUGUUUAUUUAAGAAAUAGGCUCAAAAUUAUCAAUUAAAGGUUAUGUUGUUGUUUUUGGGAAAGUAUCAAAAUCUUUUUUUAGACUUCAAUCUUUUGUAACAAACUAGUGUAUUUUAAGUGACAUCAUUUUGUUUUGUUAACACACUGGUAUAUAAUUCCAGUUUUGAUGUAUCUGCUUUGAAAAACGUUUUUGGUUUCAUGCAUGAACAUUUAUGAUUUUUUGUGCAGCAGGAUCUCAAUUCCAUCCUUUACAUUUUUGUUCCGUUUUAAUUUAUCAUGAAAAACAUGAAUGUUCGCAUGAUUAAUAUAAAAAUUAUAGUUGGUUUUUAACGACAUCAUUCGUUGUUAAUAAGAAUAUUUUAUUCCUUUUGUCAUUUGUUCACCUUGAUUUUUAUUCACAAUAAAAUACGUUUGGAACGUUCUCUGAAUUGUUAUACAUGUAAAUAAAAAUUUGGUAACCAUAAAUUGACUAACCACUAACAUCAGCAUUAGUGUCAUGACAUAGCAAGUUUGUUGUGACAAGUGUCUCUUUAAAAAACACAAUUUUCUAUUGGCUGAUACAGUUUGUUUCCCCCAAUCCUUAAACGAAAUUGUAUCAGAAUGAUUUAUGAGUAUUACAUUUUUAGCUACUUUAUUGAGAUAACUGUUUUUUGGUUGGAAUGUACUGUCAAGUCUGCUUGCGACAAAUACAUUUAUUAUUUUUUUGUUUGAAAAAUCAGAAUGUGUAUGACUUUUGUGGAAUUCAGGUUUUUGGGGCAAUAGCUCAUACUUACAAAAGCUGUUUAUCAGUGUUGGUGCAUGCGACAGUAUGUUUGUAAAAAAUAUAGAUUUUAUGUUAUAAUCAGGUUACAGAAUAUUUACAAUUUAAACUUUAUAUGCAAAUAUUGCUUUGUAUUUAAUCAGUUUUCAUUAUUGUCUUUUUGUGUGUUAUGUUUUGUAUAUGAAUAACUUGUUUUGUGUUUAGUUGUAUAAUUAAUUUAAUCAGAAUAUUUUGAAUUUAGUAUUUGCCCUAGAAAUCCACAUAGAAAAGUAUUGAACUAUAUUGCCUUAUUUUGAUUAAAUGUUAUCAUGUCCCAUUUUUCGUCAAAUCAUGACACUUGCCUCGCUCAGAACAUUUGUUACCAUGAUGUCUUAGCCAAGUUCAAAAAUGGUUCAAGCCCUAUACAAAAACAGCAUAUUUGAGGCAGGUCAGUUUUCUUUAUGUGGCUGCAGUGAUAUUGUUGUAAACCCUCUUGAAGUCUCAUAUUGGGCCCAAUCAUCAUGAAACUAUCUCAAUACAUGUAUAUUGAUUCUAAUGAUAAUUCCGACAAUUUUAACGAGAGCGCCGAUGGCGCUGAAAGCAUAGUUGCAAGAUACAGGGAAGAUGCUGCUGAAGUAAAUGUUAAGGUCAAAAUAUACUAAAUAGUUUCCUUAUAUGUUUCGAUAUAAAAGCGACAACUUCGAGCGAAAAAAAAUACAACAUUUUGCACAUAGAGACCCCCAUAACCAUACCUUUUCUUGACGGGCAUUCUUAGCUGAAUCGAUUUAAGCAAUAAAAAAGAUAUGUCAUGUUCAAACCAAAAAAGAAUUCGACUCAAAUAAAAAAAUAUUCUAGUGGAUUGUAACCUUUUGCAGUGCCAUUUUUUACUUUAAUCUCCAACUUUAUCCUAUUUCAGGGAUUUAGUAGUGAACACCUAUGCUUACCCUCUCAGUAUCUCCAAACGAUAAAACCAGAACAACAGUCUAAAGUGUAUAGCAUGCCUUCGAGGAAAAUAUGAUGAUAUGUUUAGAGAGUACAGCCUUCAUGACUCGAUUAUUGAGUAUAUUGUAACCUUAACGAUUGCUGACAUCACGAGUCGCCCCCCUUGUUACCAAUAUGUUCUAUUUAUAGAAACGGGAAUUCCAAAUAGUGACGAAUGUGAAUGGUUACAAAAUGACAUAACUAUGAAAAUAAAUACGUAGAAUUACAUUAUUUCACGCAUACCAUUAUGCAACCAUCCGUUUUCUUUUCCGACUUGAUACAUUUACAGAUUUCCAUUUAAUAUUUUACAGACACAACACUCGUCCAGAAUUCGCGCGAAUCCAUUAAAUCCGAUGCCACAUUUAAACCGUUAGCUCUACUCGUAACGUUAAUUUCUGGCUAAAAGUAAAUCAUUUUAACUUCAAUUAACACAUCUCUAUUACUUUCAAACUCUACUUCAUCAAAUCCAUAGAAAGGCAGGUCAGAAUCCAUGUCAUAAAUCAGAAAACAUUUGACCUCUCACAGAACAGUAAACAAAGGAAAUAGAAAUUAGGUGUGAGGUCACUAUCAACAAGAACAGAAUUGUUUUACGAACGAAAUUUGUUUUAGUUUCUUAGAAGUUUUUUUCACGUAAAAAGGUCUUAGAAAAAUUCACUAAAAACGGUGUCAGCAAUAUUCUUGGAAGAAAACGUUAGAAAGACGUUUCAAAAAAAAAAUUGUAAGAAUUACCAUAAACUAAAUUAAAAAGAUAUUUCGUCUGAUUUUUGAUCAGGUAAGGCUUCAUAAUGGACAACCGUUUGAUGUGUGU